GCUUAUCAGAUAUCCAGCUAUCCACUGCAGUCUUCUUGCUCUGCAAUAUGAGUGUCUGACGAAAGUCAGAGUGUCAUCCGUCUUUCACCGCGCCUACCAAUGGCCGAGCCCCGCCUCUGGGUCUUUCACGGCUUUCUUUGACGUCAACCGCAAACCACCGCAUCUAAGCUUCCUAACUCAACGGCCACAUGCCACCAAAGAAGCGCUCCGCGCCCAGCGCAUCCUCGUCAGCCCCCAAGAAAGCACGACAAUCCAAACUCGCGAAGGAGAACGACAUCAGCGGCGAAGAAGAAAACGAGAUCAAAGAGGUAUUCCACAUCUUCUCCGAGCCGAACGAGGAAUUCCCCAAUGAAAAGGAAGGGGUGAUUGCAAGGGAGGAUGUGCGGAAGGCUCUUGUAGCUUUAGGUCUCUCCCCCGAAUCUUCGCAGGAACUCCAAUCGAUUCUCUCGGCGGUAGACCCCACAGUCACUGGUUACGUUCCUUAUGCGCCGUUUCUCUCUGUCGCGGCGGCGAAACUGCGAUCGCGGUCUGACGAGGCGAUGUCAGCGGAGGUCGACACUGCGUUUCAGCUGUUUACCCGUGGGACAGACGGACCGAUAACAUUGAGCCAUUUGAGAAGGAUCGCACGCGAACUGAAAGAGGAUUCAGGCGAUGCGUUGCUUAGGGAUAUGAUUCUGGAAGCUAAUGGGGGUGCUGGUGUGGAUGCUGGGGUGUCGUUGGAGCAAUUUCAUGAUAUCAUGCUACGGGCGGGCGUUUUCUAGGUUUGGUUUCUUACGGUCAUGGAUUAUUGCGUGCAUGGUGUUUAAGGUGUUGGAUGUGGCCUUUGAUGCAUACAUAAAAUUUACCAGUAUAUUUGCUGGAGGUUUAUCAAUGACACUAGUUUAAUGUAUUCGGAGUGGGUACUGAUACAACCAAGAUCUCCGUGAUAUAAAUACAAUAAGAGAAAAUCUGGCAAGCCGCUAACGCCUAU